UUUUACAAUGAUUUCCUUCUCCGAAUAAAAUAUAAUAGCCAAACUCCCACAUGUAAACAAAACCAAAGGUAUGACUGACUAAGGCCGUUUAAGUGGACUGAGACAAAGUUGAGGUGCACAGCAAGGAGCAUACCAUCCAGCUAGUAGGAUGAGAGUAAAUAAAGGAAUAAAAAGAAUGAACUGUUCACCUGUGACUCUUUCUAAAGCCAAAGAAAUUUUUGUAAAUCGCGAGGGAUACAAAGCAACGCCAAUACCACUUUUUCAGUUCAUCUUGACAAACCACUUAGCAUACAAAUAAUUUUAUAAACGCUUUUGUACGAUAAAAACAAUACGUUAGUAAGUUUGUCCUUCUUCUCUUCAGAACUUUUCAGUGAGAGAAAAAGUAUGUAUUGCCUCAUAUUGAUAUAAGGAACACUUCAGAUGGGUGCAGUGUGUACGAAAUCUCUGAAGCAGAUUAAGCUUGAAAAUGCACCUGUCAUCACUACAAGGGUGUCAGUUGAUUCUGACAGCAGAACAAAUGAAGACUCGACCUUGUCACCAGGCUCAGUCAUAUUUGAUGACAGUCCAUCCUCAGGCUCCAGGGUUUCCUCGGCAGCUACAAAGAGCACUUUACACCAGUUUCCCGAACUUUCGGCUCGGCAUAGGAGAGUCAUGCGUGGAGACUUGGAACAACGUUUAACUGCUAAGGCCAAGAUCAUUCGGAUAUUUACCAGCUCUACGUUUACAGACAUGGCGGCUGAAAGAAAUGCCUUGAUGGAGAGGAUCUACCCAAGACUGAAGGAGUUUGCACAGGAGAAAGGUUACGAGUUUCAGGUGGUUGACAUGCGUUGGGGAGUACGUGAUGAGUCCACAGAUGAUCAUUCUACACUAGAGCUGUGUUUAAAGGAACUUAAGGCGUGUCAGGACCUUUCCACUGGACCUAAUUUUGUGACCUUUCUGGGCCAAAAGUAUGGUUUUCGUCCGCUUCCAUCCAAAAUACCUUCCACUGAAUUUGAGAAACUCCUCAGCAACAUGACAGACCAGGAGGAGAAAGCAGUUUUGGAGACGUGGUUCAAAUGUGAUAUGAACGCAGUACCGCCAACCUAUGUCCUUCAGCCAGUAAGCUCUCACAUCCCUGACCACCUCUGUCGCGAUGCUAAACAAAGGAAGCUUGCACUACAGCAGUGGAGUCAAAUUUUUGCGCAGAUUCAAAACAUCCUCAGGCGAGAAGCUAGAAAGAUGUUUGAAGAUCAAGAAGAAGAGUGGCUGCACAAGUAUUUCAUGUCAGUGACAGAAAGUGAGAUCCGCCAUGGUGUCCUGGGCGAACCACAUCCAGAGGAACAAUGCUUGUGGAUCAGCAGGAAUAUCCAGGAUCUUAAGAACCAUUUACAAAAUGAAAACGUUCAGUACUUCAUUGAUAUUAACGCAGACACAAAAGAGAUUGACACUGAUGCUCAACAACUAUUGCAGAAACUGAUGGAAGUCGUUACAAACGUCGUUCCUACUUCAAAUAUCAGGAAAUUUGAGAUUAAAUGGAGCACACAGGGAAUAUGUCCUUCCAUGGUGCCUGAGCAUGCCGGCUAUAUAGAUAAUUUGUGCAGAGAGGUUGAGUUUCUAAUGAAAGAAAAGAUUACUAAUUCCAUACAGAAGAGAAUCAAAGCUGAUGUUAGCGAUCCACUGUAUGAGGAAGUCGUUCAACAUUUGUUGUUUUGUCAAACCAAGUGUGACACGUUCUACGGAAGAAAAGAAAUCUUGAGCCGAUGCAAUGCUUACAUUCAGAAUGAUGCGCGUCGUCCUCUUGUAAUUCACGGGCAGUCAGGCUGUGGCAAGACUUCGGUGAUGUCUAUGAUUGCAAAAGAAUCGUGUCAAAGUUUCAGCCAAUCAAACAUCGUCAUUCGAUAUAUCGGAACCACUCCGAAUUCCUCGCAAGUUCGUCUACUGCUUCACAGUGUCUGUCACCAAAUCUGCACUAUCUAUGGUCGUGACUCUACCAAAGUCAGAAAGGAGAUGAAGGAACUUCAGGAAGAUUUCGCCAGUUGCCUUCAUUUUGCCAGUGCAGAAGAGCCGCUGUUUAUUUUUCUUGAUUCUCUUGAUCAAUUUGGUCCUGAGGAUAAUGCCAGACAACUUGCGUGGUUGCCUACAGUUCUCCCUAGCAACGUUAAGCUAGUUGUUUCUACAUUACCCAAUAGUGAAUACGAGUGCUUCCCAAUUCUACAGUCAUUAUUUUCUGAAGAAGACUUUGUAGAAGUUCCCAAGUUGCCAGAAGAUGACGCAUUUCAAAUUCUAAGUAACUGGCUGAGUAUUGCUGGAAGAACCCUCUCGCCAUCGCAGGAAGCCAUCAUCAAUGACGCGCUUCAAAAGUGUUCCCUUCCAAUCUUCAUAAGAGUCGCGUAUGACGAAGCCAUAAGAUGGAAGUCCUACUCUCUACCCAGCGAGACUGUACUUCAAGACACAGUUAGAGGCGCUGUCAACGCAUUGUUCGAGAGGGUCGAACUUCAACAUGGAAGAGUCUUGGUACGUCAUGCUCUUGCGUACAUAACUGCUGCAAAGAGUGGCCUGACUGGUACUGAAAUAGAGGAUUUGCUGUCAUGCGACGAUCACGUGUUGGAUGACGUGUAUCAGUACUGGACACCACCAAUUAGGCGCAUCCCUCCACUGCUCUGGGUCCGAAUAAGGGGCGACUUGGCAGGUUAUCUAGUGGACCGAGGAGCAGACGGCGCGACUGUGAUCACAUGGUAUCACCGACAAUUUAUUGAGGCUGCAAGGGUUCGAUACCUAUCAUCAGAUGAGGAAAGAACAUUCACUCAUCAGGCGCUGAGCAAUUAUUUUCUAGGUGUGUGGGCUAACGGAAGAAAGAAGCCCUACAGGACUGCUAAGGGAGAGGAAUUGGAAGCUGACCGCUUUGUGUCCCAUCAGCCGUGGAGAUUCGAAGGAAGCACAAAGGCAAAGAAUUAUAACUAUCGUAAGAUAAACGAACUACCGUACCAUUUAGUGCUGUGUAAUGACACAGAAACACUGAAAGGGGAAGUCUUGUGUAACUUCACGUUUCUUCUCACGUGUUUGGAGUCAUGCUCUCUCCGAGAUCUUAUAGACGAAUUUGAUUUUGCUCUUGAGAAAAUUGCCGAUAAGGAUAUUCAACUUGUUAAAGAAGCUCUUCAACUAUCAACAUUUGCUCUUCUUCAGCAUCCUGCUCAGUUAUCGUCUCAGCUACUCGGGCGCAUUCAAACUUCGGACUCGGAUCAUAUCAAGGUUUUGUUGAAACAGGCUCAAAACUCCUGGCAACCCUGUUUGUUGCCAAGUUCCGUUUGCUUAACAUCACCCGGUGGACCGUUGGUACACUCGAUGUCAGGACACCAGAAACCAUCGUCCGCUCUCAGUGCUAGUGCAGAUGGCAAAUUUAUUGCAAGUGCCUCUACUGACACAACUUGUACAAUAUGGGACGUCAAUUCAGGAAGAUUAGUACGGACUUUGGAAGGAGUAGGUGAUGAUGUCUGGUUCGUGGUGAUAUCUCCAGACAAUUCAACGGUUGUGACUUCGCAAACCGGUUCCAUAUCGGCUUGGAGGCUUUCUAAUGGCAAGCGGGUGUUUUCCGUUGAGGAGCGUGGAUUAACAGCUGCACCGAUAUGUGUGUUUGAGAAGGAUAAUACAGUUUUACUUGCUUCGAUCAUCAAGCAAAAUGUCAAAAUAUAUAACCUGCAGACAGGGCAUCUUUUUCAAGAGCUUCAUGACGAAAAGUUACAAAAGCACAAUGCCAUGUCGUCGCCCUUAUUCAUGUGUUCACUUGAGCACCACAGUGUUCUCUACGCGGGAAGAGACAAUGUAUCCUCCGCCUCUCCCUUCAGAGGCUGGAUCAGAGCUGCACAUUUAGACACUGGAGAAGUCGUUGAGAGGUUGCAAGUCAGUCCUAACAAUGUGGUACAUUUCAUUGGCGUCACAGAGCCCGAUAAGCUGCUUCUAGUUUUGAGUGAAGGAGCCCAGGAUCGAAGGAAGGGAUCAGCAGUGCAGACAAAGUUUUUCAAACUGGAACUUUGGAAUAUUACACAGAAGAUUCUAUUUCGCAAGCUUGCAGACCUCCCUGAUAAGGUGCGAUGCUAUGCAUUGUCCUCGGACAAGUGUAAAGUUUUGACGUUGGGAAAUUCAAGGUUUUUAGCCAAUGCCAACGUUUUCCGAGCUGAAGUGAAAAUGUUUGACUUGAAAUCGGGUGACAUCAUCCAGCGUAUGCUGACUUACCCAAGCACUAUUCAUUUAAUGGAAUUUAUAGACUCAAACCACGUUAUUACUGCAUCACGUGACAAGAUUGUUCGACUCUGGGAUUUGGAAAGAAAUGUCACUUCACCGAGUGAAGGGAGUGAAGAGGAAGCAGAGCUGGAAAUUGUCGACCUGAGUGGGUAUCAUGCCAUCUGCUGGGAGAAAAACGGAAUACGUCUGGUAGAUCUUCAAGCUAGACGCUUCGUCCAGUUCAGGAAUGGUUUACAGCCUCAAAUGGCAUUUGUAAACGACAGCGAAGUCAUCCUUGCAUCUUCUGGGAAGUUGCAUCUCUUCGACAUGAACCAAAGGCAAAGAAUUCGUCAAUUUGACGGAGACGUCUACCAAGCAGGGCUAACGAACAGCAUUUUCGUUUACAAACAAGCUCAGCUGAUUGCAGUGUCUUGUGAUCAGCGAUCUCUGUGCGUGUUCGACAUCAGCAGUGGUAGAAGAAUAGCGCAGAUGCAAUGUGAACACGUCCGAAGGCUUGUACACACUCUAAAUGGUGAAAUCUGUGUUUGUGGGCACAGUAUAAACUAUGAGGACGAGGCCAAAUGUCGUUACUUUUACUCCGUGUGGGAUCUGAAUGAAAAGACGUGCAUCCGCGAGAUUGAUGUAGAGGAAUCAGAAGCAGACUUCUACGAAAUGCAGUUGGCUAAAGAUGGACACCACCUGUCAGAUAUUCUCUACGACAUUGGCGUGAAGUUGUACCGCGCAGUCGUGUAUGAUCUGAAGACGGGGAAACUUUUAUUCAUCUCAGAAACGGAGCACCAUGUUCAUUCAUCAGCGAUCAUUUCUGAAACAAGUACCCUACUUCUGGGCCUGUUUGAUGGCACCAUGGAACUCUACAACAUAGAAAGAGGGACAUGCUUACACAGGCUCAAGCAAGCACAUCUUGGAGCGAUCCAUCGGGUAUACACCACCGAUGAUGGAUCAGUUGCUAUGACAACUGCAGGGGGCUUAGACUCGAAGGAUCGCUCGAUCCGCUUUUGGAGAAUGAGAAAAAACAGAAUUACACUGUUAACAGUGUUCACUCCUGACGCAAAAGUGUCGUCGAUGAACCUCUCAGGCGAUGGCCAUCUUGUAGCUCUGGAAAUAACAGAGGUAGUCCCUUUUGUUCUCGUUAGAGAAACGAAUAGAGAGACACUGCGAUUUAACGAUUUGGAACGAUUUACUUGCAGCUUCACUGUAGAUUUGUUUGACUUUAAGGUUCUUCAUUCAUAGUUUGUCAGCCCAUAGUUAAUGGUGGGAAAUUGUCAAGAAGGCUGGCAAAAAUCAGAGAAGCAAAAAAACCAGGCUAAGAUUUAUGUUGGAAGGCCCUUGACCCUGCACAUCUUUUGUCUUACGCUCAUAAACCAUGCAUAAAUUACAUAACCGCAAUGCUUCUAUUGGUUAGUUGUAUGAGGACACAUAACCACCUAUUGUCUUUGCCAGAUUUAGUGCAGGGUCAACCCCCAAAAUAACCAACUAAAAUAUACAACAAAGAAUUUUGCCACGUUUUCUAACCAUUUCUAUCUUUUAACUAUGGUCAGCCGUAGAUAUCUUUUAGCAGGUGGCAAUUAAGGUGCCAAGUCGUCUUAUGAGUUAAGUCCUCUUUCUACAUGAGCAUUUUUAAGAUACAGACAUGUGGUACGAUUUCUUCCUGGAAAUUGUUGCAUGCGACAUCCUUACGGAAUCCCUAUUUAAUCAUUUCGGUUUGUAAAGGACCCUACCUGUAGUCGAUAAUAAGACUCUUCAUUUUUUAAGGAUAUUCUGUUCCAACAUUAGCAAGUAACAUUAUAGUUUCAAUGAUACAUUGUGGUUAAAUGAGUUUAUAAAGCUUUCUAGUUUGCAGGACGUUUGACUCCACAGCACUAUGAUUGUAAAGUACAAAUUGCAUUUUGGUCCCAAAAGGUGUGAACUGAUAUGGAAUGUACUAUCCUUUUUUAGUACAAUUCCACUAGUAUACUAAUGCAAAUGCUGCAAUCUGAUUGCCUGAGCUACUCGUUUACUAUCAUCCAUUAGUGUGCAGUGGCUGGACGUCGUCUGCAAAAAGAGACUUUUUUUCGUUUUUGCGGCGAAUUUACGGAGGAAUAUUUAGAUACAAAUCGAUAAAUAAAUUCCCGAGAAGACUAAAAGAAAGACAUUCACGGUUUCUUGACUAGAAAAUGUAAGUAAGAAUUCUGCUAAAACAAUUAUUACGAUUCCUUCUCGAUUUCUAUGGGGUGAUAUAGUUGAUUCGGCCUUCGCCUCAUCAACUUCACCUCGUAGAAAUCUCGAGCUCAUAAUCUAAGCAGAGUGGCCGGUCUAAGCAAGUCGCGUGCGACGUUUGGAAGAAAAAGUCAUAACUCUUGAACAGGCCCUCAGCCGAAAGUUUGUAAAAAAAAAUCCCGAAAUAUAUGUAAAAUAGUUAGACAAUAUUUUUAAUAUAUAUAUUUUCAAUCAUAGGAAAUUUUCCUAAAAUAAGCUUUAUCGCUAUUUAUUAAGAGAAUUGUAUAAUUUUUUAAACUACCCUACGCUAAAACUUUAAAGUUUUGUAGACAAUAAAAGUGUUAUUUUUAAACCCCUUUUGAACAUCUCAGGUAUUUACCAAAACAUACGAACUUGCUGUUGUUUGAAGUCAGGGCACCCGAAUUUUAAUAUGUGUUCCUAUUUUCACUAUUAAUAAUGACUAGAAUACGUCUUAUGUACAUGGCAUUGAGUUCUUUGAGGAGUUUUCACUUUUCAAAAUGUUUUAUAAUGGAAAGCGCUUUAUUUUUUAUUGAUAUGGUUAAAAACGUCGUCAACACUGACAAUAUCUAAACCUGAACAAACCAUAAUAGCUUAUAUCUGCCGGGCCCGAAGCUUCUUUUUCAGACAUACAUUAACGGCGAGACAAAGCAAAGAUUAAGCUCUUGCGCAAGAAAGGUACAUUAACAUCUGGGCCCAACUUGUAAAAUAAAUGUAAAAUAGUAUUCAAGCCUAAUGGCCUGUUGGGUUUAAAACAUAAUUUUCGUCUCGGCUGAUGUUUCCGUAUACGGUCACACCGGUAAACAAGAGUUAUAAAAGUUCUACCGAGCAGUGUAAUUAACAAACACCUUCGAAAAAAAGUGAAUUGAAUUUAUGAAUAUCUGUAGGGAUUAUGAACGGUGCGAUAAAAAUCCCAAUGAUGAUAUUUAUAAAAAGUAAAAUAAAACAAUGGAUUAGGAAUAAACCGAACCAUUAAUGAAAAGUGAAGAUAGCAAAUAAUGAGUCGGGUAUAUCCACUGCCCUUGAAAUCAUUGAACAAAACGCAAUUACAUGGUCUUACAUUACUCUUACUCGGACGAUAUAAAACCAGAUACGCUGACUGCUGAGUCUUCGAAGGGGGUUUUGAACCAAAAUACAAUACAAUUUUGAGUUUAAAUUCAGAUUAUGCUCAGCUAGACGGCAGUUUAUAUUUUUGUGUGGACAUUUCAGUGCAAAUGUUUAAUGACUAAUUCACUGCAUUUUUUCUUUUUAGCGCUAGAUAUUAAAAUAGUAUUUUUCAAUAUUUUACCAGAAGAUUCACCUCUCAGCUUAACUGACUG